AUGUCGUUAACAACAUCCGAACUCUCUUUUCUACGUCUCCUUGAACGAACAAAAAGGCUAGCUAGAGAGGAUUUGGCGGCGAAUGUGUGGAAAGUGAACGCUGCAGUGCUGUACUUGGAAAAUUUGUUCAGCAGACUGCACGAUGAGAAGAGUUUGCACAAUGCGGAUACGUUGAUGCAGUACGGACGAGAGUUGAAUCAGAUGAGACUUCUAGUAGAAGCGGAAAGCUGCAAAUCAUCAGAAGAUAAACUGUCGCAACUGGAUCUCAUCCCGCGGCAUUUUCCCGAGGCGACCAUUGACAUUCGAUCGCAGGAUUCGAAUGGCACUUUACACAAGUCAACAGAAAUUGCUUCCGAGUUGCGCGUGCGAAAUCGGGCCGUUUACAGAGCAGAUUUACGUAAACAACUGCUUGGAGAGGAAAAGAAACGUAAAGAGGAAGGGUCUGAUGACUUAAUGAAACACGAAGAGAAGCAGGAAAAUAUUGCAAACGAACUUCUUUCUCUCACAAGAUCUCUCAAACAAAACAUGACCAUUGCCGGCAAUGUCUUGAAGGACGACAAUAAGCGACUUACGACAAUGAACUCACAAGUGGAUGCGAACACGGCAAAGCUUGGAACUGAGGGGACUCGUCUUGCACACCACGCCUACAAAUGUGGUUUCGAUUGUGCUUUAAUUUUUAUUGCCCUCUUUAUUUUUUGGUCUUUUAUUUGUAUGGUUGUCGUUAUGAAGAUAUUCCCUAAAAGAGUAAUAUCCUGA